AUGGGAAAGAAGGCCUUUGAGCCCUACUUUGAAAUUUUGGAAGUAUACUCCACAAAAGCCAAGAAUUACGUAAAUGGGCACUGUACCAAGUAUGAGCCCUGGCAGCUAAUUGUGUGGAGCAUCCUGUGGACCCUGCUGAUCGUCUGGUUAUAUGAGUUUGUCUUCCAGCCAGAGAGUUUAUGGUCAAGGUUUAAAAAGAAGUGUUUCAAGCUCACCAGGAAGAUGCCUAUCAUCGGCCGCAAGAUCCAAGAGAAAUUAAACAAGGCCAAGGAUGAUAUUAAUAAGAACUUGUCAUUCCUGAAAGUGGACAAGGAGUAUGUGAAAGCUCUGCCAUCCCAGGGUCUGAGCUCGUCUGCUGUUCUGGAGAAGCUCAAGGAGUACAGCUCGAUGGAUGUCUACUGGCAAGAAGGGCGAGCCUCAGGAGCCGUGUACAACGGGGAAGAGAAGCUCACCGAGCUCUUGGUGAAGGCUUAUGGAGAUUUUGCAUGGAGUAACCCGCUGCACCCAGAUAUCUUUCCAGGACUCCGUAAGAUAGAAGCAGAAAUUGUUAGGAUAGCUUGUUCCCUUUUCAAUGGAGGACCUGAUUCUUGUGGAUCUGUAACCUCUGGUGGGACAGAAAGCAUAUUGAUGGCCUGCAAAGCUUAUCGGGACCUGGCCUUAGAGAAAGGGAUCAAAAAUCCAGAAAUGGUGGUCCCCCAAAGUGCUCAUGCUGCAUUUGACAAAGCAGCCAAUUAUUUUGGGAUGAAGAUUGUACGGGUUCCCCUCAACAAAAUGAUGGAGGUGGAUGUGCGGGCCAUGAGAAGAGCCAUCUCCCGGAACACUGCCAUGCUCGUCUGCUCUACCCCCCAGUUUCCUCAUGGAGUGAUAGAUCCUGUUCCGGAAGUGGCCAAGCUGGCUGUCAAAUACAAAAUACCUCUUCAUGUGGAUGCCUGUCUGGGAGGCUUCCUCAUCGUCUUCAUGGAGAAAGCAGGCUACCCACUGGAGCAGCCAUUUGAUUUCCGAGUGAAAGGUGUGACCAGCAUUUCAGCUGACACUCAUAAGUAUGGCUAUGCUCCCAAAGGCUCCUCAGUGGUGUUAUACAGCGACAAGAAGUACAGGAGCUACCAGUUCUUCGUUGCUACAGACUGGCAGGGUGGCAUCUAUGCUUCCCCCACUGUCGCGGGCUCACGGCCUGGUGGCAUUAGUGCAGCCUGCUGGGCCACCUUGAUGCACUUCGGUGAGAGUGGCUACGUUGAAGCUACGAAACAGAUCAUCAGAACUACUCGCUUCCUCAAAUCAGAGCUAGAAAAUAUCAAAGGCAUCUUUGUUUUGGGGAAUCCUCAACUGUCAGUCAUUGCUCUAGGCUCCCGUGAUUUUGACAUCUACCGACUGUCUAACCUGAUGACUGCUAAGGGGUGGAACUUGAACCAGUUGCAGUUCCCACCCAGUAUUCAUUUCUGCAUCACAUUAAUACACACCCGGAAUCGAGUAGCCAUACAAUUCCUAAAGGACAUCCGGGAAUCUGUCACCCAAAUCAUGAAGAAUCCUAAAGCAAAGACUACAGGAAUGGGUGCCAUCUAUGGCAUGGCCCAGACAACGGUUGACAGGAAUCUAGUGGCAGAGUUGUCCUCAGUCUUCUUGAACAGCCUGUACAGCACAGACACUGUGACCCCGGCCAGCCAGAUGAAUGGCUCCCCCAAACCCCGCUGA